UCGAAUCUCAUGAUCCAUCCACAAAUGACAGUGAUUCUUCUUCUCUAGAACUGUCAGUAUGUAAAUAGCUGAGUUACAUGACUGCAAUUAUGAGACCAUGUCACUCCUACUGAUGAGAUCAUAUUUUAUUUAUUUUUAAAUCUGCCUUGCUGCGAAAGCCUAUUCUCAUAUCACCAGUUUCUGAUGCAUGGAUUACUAGAUUCAUUGAGAGUUCAAUUUGUUUUAACCAUCUUAUUCGGAAGUUCCAGAAAUCAGUAUAUAUAUACGUCAGCUGUUUACGCAGUAUUUAUUAUUGUAUUCGAAAAUACUCGCGAAAUGCAGAUAUUUGUAAAGACUUUGACUGGUAAGACGAUCACGUUGGAGGUGGAGCCUAGUGAUACUAUUGAGAAUGUGAAAGCGAAGAUCCAAGACAAAGAAGGUAUUCCUCCUGACCAACAGCGUUUGAUAUUCGCUGGUAAACAGUUGGAAGAUGGACGUACUCUGUCUGACUACAACAUCCAGAAAGAGUCGACUCUGCAUCUUGUCCUUCGUCUACGUGGUGGAAUGCAGAUAUUUGUAAAGACUUUGACUGGUAAGACGAUCACGUUGGAGGUGGAGCCUAGUGAUACUAUUGAGAAUGUGAAAGCGAAGAUCCAAGACAAAGAAGGUAUUCCUCCUGACCAACAGCGUUUGAUAUUCGCUGGUAAACAGUUGGAAGAUGGACGUACUCUGUCUGACUACAACAUCCAGAAAGAGUCGACUCUGCAUCUUGUCCUUCGUCUACGUGGUGGAAUGCAGAUCUUUGUGAAGACGUUGACUGGUAAGACGAUCACGUUGGAGGUGGAGCCUAGUGAUACUAUUGAGAAUGUGAAAGCGAAGAUCCAAGACAAAGAAGGUAUUCCUCCUGACCAACAGCGUUUGAUAUUCGCUGGUAAACAGUUGGAAGAUGGACGUACUCUGUCUGACUACAACAUCCAGAAAGAGUCGACUCUGCAUCUUGUCCUUCGUCUACGUGGUGGAAUGCAGAUCUUUGUGAAGACGUUGACUGGUAAGACGAUCACGUUGGAGGUGGAGCCUAGUGAUACUAUUGAGAAUGUGAAAGCGAAGAUCCAAGACAAAGAAGGUAUUCCUCCUGACCAACAGCGUUUGAUAUUCGCUGGUAAACAGUUGGAAGAUGGACGUACUCUGUCUGACUACAACAUCCAGAAAGAGUCGACUCUGCAUCUUGUCCUUCGUCUACGUGGUGGAAUGCAGAUCUUUGUGAAGACGUUGACUGGUAAGACGAUCACGUUGGAGGUGGAGCCUAGUGAUACUAUUGAGAAUGUGAAAGCGAAGAUCCAAGACAAAGAAGGUAUUCCUCCUGACCAACAGCGUUUGAUAUUCGCUGGUAAACAGUUGGAAGAUGGACGUACUCUGUCUGACUACAACAUCCAGAAAGAGUCGACUCUGCAUCUUGUCCUUCGUCUACGUGGUGGAAUGCAGAUCUUUGUGAAGACGUUGACUGGUAAGACGAUCACGUUGGAGGUGGAGCCUAGUGAUACUAUUGAGAAUGUGAAAGCGAAGAUCCAAGACAAAGAAGGUAUUCCUCCUGACCAACAGCGUUUGAUAUUCGCUGGUAAACAGUUGGAAGAUGGACGUACUCUGUCUGACUACAACAUCCAGAAAGAGUCGACUCUGCAUCUUGUCCUUCGUCUACGUGGUGGAAUGCAGAUCUUUGUGAAGACGUUGACUGGUAAGACGAUCACGUUGGAGGUGGAGCCUAGUGAUACUAUUGAGAAUGUGAAAGCGAAGAUCCAAGACAAAGAAGGUAUUCCUCCUGACCAACAGCGUUUGAUAUUCGCUGGUAAACAGUUGGAAGAUGGACGUACUCUGUCUGACUACAACAUCCAGAAAGAGUCGACUCUGCAUCUUGUCCUUCGUCUACGUGGUGGAAUGCAGAUAUUUGUAAAGACUUUGACUGGUAAGACGAUCACGUUGGAGGUGGAGCCUAGUGAUACUAUUGAGAAUGUGAAAGCGAAGAUCCAAGACAAAGAAGGUAUUCCUCCUGACCAACAGCGUUUGAUAUUCGCUGGUAAACAGUUGGAAGAUGGACGUACUCUGUCUGACUACAACAUCCAGAAAGAGUCGACUCUGCAUCUUGUCCUUCGUCUACGUGGUGGAAUGCAGAUCUUUGUGAAGACGUUGACUGGUAAGACGAUCACGUUGGAGGUGGAGCCUAGUGAUACUAUUGAGAAUGUGAAAGCGAAGAUCCAAGACAAAGAAGGUAUUCCUCCUGACCAACAGCGUUUGAUAUUCGCUGGUAAACAGUUGGAAGAUGGACGUACUCUGUCUGACUACAACAUCCAGAAAGAGUCGACUCUGCAUCUUGUCCUUCGUCUACGUGGUGGAAUGCAGAUCUUUGUGAAGACGUUGACUGGUAAGACGAUCACGUUGGAGGUGGAGCCUAGUGAUACUAUUGAGAAUGUGAAAGCGAAGAUCCAAGACAAAGAAGGUAUUCCUCCUGACCAACAGCGUUUGAUAUUCGCUGGUAAACAGUUGGAAGAUGGACGUACUCUGUCUGACUACAACAUCCAGAAAGAGUCGACUCUGCAUCUUGUCCUUCGUCUACGUGGUGGAAUGCAGAUCUUUGUGAAGACGUUGACUGGUAAGACGAUCACGUUGGAGGUGGAGCCUAGUGAUACUAUUGAGAAUGUGAAAGCGAAGAUCCAAGACAAAGAAGGUAUUCCUCCUGACCAACAGCGUUUGAUAUUCGCUGGUAAACAGUUGGAAGAUGGACGUACUCUGUCUGACUACAACAUCCAGAAAGAGUCGACUCUGCAUCUUGUUCUGCGCCUACGUGGAGGCAUGUGAUUUUUGUUAAAGUAAAAUUAAAAAAAAAUAAAUUUCAGUUUGAUUUUAUUUCU